AUGGCUUCCAUUUUCCUGAAAUCAACCACCACUCUCAUCCUAAUUUUCUCUGCAUUUUGUAUUGCCACAGCCAUUAUCCUAGAUACAGAUGGCGAUGCACUAAGGAAUGGUGGACAAUACUACAUCCUCCCACAGAGCAUAGGCUUUGGGGGCGGCCUCACUUUAAAAUCGAAAUCCGGUUACUCACCUUGCCCACUCUAUAUAACCCGAGAAAACGAUGAAACGUCUCCUGGCAUCCCCGUCACUAUCGCUUCCCCUGCCAGAAUAGCAAUCAUCACAUCCUCUUUGCCAAUCAGCAUAGUCUUCAACGACAUUCCCAACAUUUGUAUGCAGCCAUUAGGGUGGCAGGUGAUUCCCGAUGGAACAACGGGCCAGUCAUACGUCGCAACAGGUGGUAGUGGCAUUCCCUUUAAUCCGACUGAGACUUUCAGUAUUGAGCAGAUUGGGGAUAAUAAUGUGUAUAAAAUAAGUAAUAAAGCCGGAUCUGGUGAAGCAAGAGAUGUUGGUUUCUUUGAGAAAGAUGGGCUUCUGGGAAUCACUAAUGAUAUUCCUCUUCCUAUUGUCUUCAGGAAAGCUUUUGAUGUUCUAUCCAUGGUCUAG